UCCAACAUGCUGUUACCGGUGAAAAUCUUAUUUACUCUUUCAUUUCUGCAAAUCGUUUUUGCUGGCCUGGCAGAAUUGCAAAAGAAAUCGCAUACCGAGGAGUUUGAAGGAGUAUCAGCUUUGUUUCGGGCCAUGGCCUCAUCUCCCAGUGACGGAUACACCUGCCAUUGGAGCGUGGAUACAUUUCCAGUCGAUGAUGAAUUAAAAUUAAACUGCACUGUUCUAUAUCUGGACCAAUGCACAUCCUGGAACAGGUGCCGGCAAACAUGUCUCAAGGCAGGAGCCACUAGCUAUAGAUGGUUUUUUGAUGGCUGCUGCGAGUGCGUGGGAGAAAACUGCGCGAAUGGCAUUAACGAGAGCAGAUGCCGAUUGUGUCCUGAACCAGGACUAGAGGAUGAGGAGGAUUAAUAAGCGGAGGAUAUA